AUGAUUAUAAAUUUUUUGCAAAUUCUAAAACAUUUUGCAUUUUAUUUUAGGGAUAAAGGAUUAAUCAUACAAGGUAUAGAAAAGGGUGGUCGAAUUUAUCAUGAUGGACGAAUAAGCGUAGGAGAUUGUAUAAUGGAAAUAAAUGGACAUAGACUGUGUGAAGUCAGUUUUCAAACAGCUCAAGAAAUUUUUAAGAAAGCACUAGAUGCAAAUGAGAUAAAAUUGUCAUUGUUAAAGGGUUUAUCUCACUUUCCUUCAAAUGUUUCAAAAAAACUUCCUCCUCCUGUUUAUCCUAAGCCAAUACUGCAAACAACUAAUAAUAAUUUGAAAGAGCAGAAAGAUGAAAAUUUACCAUCAUCCACUAAGUCACAUAUUCAUUCUGUCAAUACAUUGACUUCUAAUACUAGAAAAAUAGGGAAAAAGAUUCAUAUACAAUUGAAGAAAGGUUGUUAUGGUUUAGGAUUUAGUGUUACCACCAGGGAUAAUCCUGCUGGUAAAAAUUGUCCAAUAUAUAUAAAAAAUAUACUCCCCAAAGGUUCAGCUAUAGAAGAUGGAAAAUUGAAACCUGGCGACAGAUUACUAGAGGUUAAUGGUCUAGAGGUGACUGGUAAAUCACAAGAUGAAGUGGUUACAAUGUUAAGAAGUAUUCCACAAGAUGAAAUUGCUAACUUAUUGAUUUCAAGACAAAUAUCAGAUGCAACAUCUCCAAGUCCUAACUUACCAAGAAAAUUACCUACAGAGAAUACAGGAGAAGAAGAAUAUGGUUUAUUAAGUAAACAUAGAGAAAUUAUAACACUUGAGAUUCCUCUUAAUGAUACUGGAUCUGCUGGGUUAGGAGUCAGUGUAAAAGGGAAAACAUCAACAAUUAAUGGUCAUUCCACAGAUUUAGGUAUUUUUGUAAAAUCAGUCAUACAUGGUGGUGCAGCUUCAAAGGAUGGCCGUCUUCAAUCAAAUGAUCAGUUGAUCAAUAUUAAUGGAAUAUCAUUAUUAAAGAUGACCAAUACCCAAGCAAUGGAAACAUUGCGUCGGGCUAUGACGCAAGGAGAUGCACCAAAUCCAAAUGCUAUUUUAUUAACAAUUGCAAGGAGAAUAUCAUCUUAUGAAAAUCUGGAUGGUUGUCAUCAAAGAAGUGAUUCAAUUAUUAGUGGCAGUGGAGAAUCUGAUGGUUCUGCAACAAUAAUAUGUGGAAAUUUUGGAAUUUUCUCAGCUCAGUCUAAUAAUAAUUUUUCAGACUCAAAAAAAUUGGACAAUACUUCAGAUCAUAAUAACAUAUUAGAAAGUUCUGUUUACAGGAAAUAUUCACUUCCUAGUCGACAUCCAGUGAUUGAUUAUUUGAUGGGACAAACUCCUAAAAGUGAUUGUAAUUUAUCAGCAAAUCUCAGUGAAUGUGAAUCUUUAGUUACAUCUGGUUCACCUAAUAAUACGUCAGUUAAAAAAAUUAUUGACAGUACUUGUGUACCAAAUUCAGAAAAGCAUAGAAAAUUUUCUGCUCCUGGACAUUUAACAAUGUUAUCUACUAAAAACAAUCAAAUUAAAAAUGAAACACCUGAAUUAAACAGAAAAGUUGGUGAAAAUUUUGAUAGUCAGUAAGU